GUUUAAAUCUUGAAGUUGAACAAUUGACAUCGUCUUAAGAUUAAUUAAUUUAUAUGCAGUGAAUUGUGGUCAUUUUAAUUAUGUUCAUUUUAAUUUCAUAUCGACAACGAAGCAAAAGUGAAAGUGUUUAGUUUUUAUUAAGUUCUUUGUGAAGUGAAAGUGAGUGAAAAGUUUUCAAAAUGGAGAUUAAAAAACGUGCGGUGAAAAUUCUUAGGUUGCUAUGAUAUGAAGAAAAUUCGGUUAACUAAACCAUUUCAAACACUAAUUCCUUCAAAUUGGAUACUUUGGAGAUUGAAAGCUUCAAGUGAAAAUAGGAGUUUGAAGCUUUUAAAUGAAGCUGAAUUCAAUUUUCCACAGGUGAUGCUCCAACUUGGUUCUGAUGUUGGCUUUGGGUGGCUGAAUGGAAAGAAGUCAACGAUUCGCAAUGGUAUAUGGUGUCUUUGGGAAAGUUGUUCCUUAAGACAUGCUGCACAUUAG